AUGGAUGGAACACAGAAAGAUUUAUUCGAAUCGGUGGGGGAUUUACCGGAAUGGUUGCAUACUGACUGGAUGUGUCAAAAUAGAUGUCCUCCAGGACGUAUCAUCGAUGACUACACUUUGCCUUCCGUGCAAUAUUCAUUACCAUCUUUACUGAAACUUUCUACCUUUAGCUUCAACAUGAAUAUGCUGUACACAGAUAUCGGCGUCAAAGCAGUGUUUCGGUGCCUUCGAUUUUUAUAUCAACAAAUCGCUCAUGACUCCGCAGAAACAGCCAUCAUUGACCUGGAUCGUUCACUCAGUUAUUUAACCGCCUUUGCACAGAACAUGGAAUUGAAUGGUGAUAUGGAAACGCUGAAUGGAAUCGCUCGAGAAUUCAAAUUUUUCCUUGUUCAAGCUGGCUCACUGAGUCGUUACAUUGCCAGCGAUGGUUUAUUUACUACACGAAAUGUUGAAACCAAUUACAUUUUCCAUGCCCUGUUGAUUAUCUGGAUGAAAGCUGUCCGUAUUUCAAAUUUUUUCAAAAGGUUCGGUGGUUUCGAAAAACUUUACCCGAUGGGUGACGCGUUAUCAUCAACAGAACAGCUGUCUAUGCUUGUUUCAUACGGAUUACUACUAAGUGCAUCACGCACGAAUCGACCUUCUAUAUGCCGAUGCAUCACUGUCGCAUGGCACCAACUUUAUGCAUCCAAUAGAGAAAUGUUUUGGUCAAAUAUGGUCAAGCUGCUAGGUUUAUGCACCGACAGUUUGCAUUACUACCUGCCUGAAAGUCCCUCAAGUGGUAGGUUAUCCAAAUUAUCUUAA